AGUAAAGCGGAAGCGUUCCAGAAACCUCUGCGUGGUGUUUUUGUCCUUGCCCUCUCAGUCCGGGCCCCUGACCCUUGUUCAGCAAGCGGGCUCCCCGACAAAAACAACAACAGAGAGAGCGUGGUGAUGGGCAGAGUGAGAAAUCGGCGAAUCUGGAAAUUACAGGAAACUCUGAUUUACUAAAAUCCGGUGCACGUCUCUGAAGAAAAAUGAUUUGUCAAACAUUCUGUGUGGCUUUGUUACACUGUGAAUUUCUUCACAUGAUAACGGCGCUUAACUUGGCAUAUCCGGUCACUCCCUGGAGAUUUAAACUGUCCUGCCUGCCAGCAAAUAACACUGAUGACUACUUCCUCUUGCCCGCUGGAAUCUCAAACAAUGCUUCAAAUUUGAGUGGCGGUCCUGAGCCGGUUGUUGAAGCCAGAUUUAAUUCAAGUGGUGCCGACGUGGCCAAUGUACCCCGAGUACCUUUCCACUGUUGCUUUUGGAGUGAGCAAGGUAAACACUGCCCUGUGCAUGUGGGCAGCGUUGCAGGGGAGACCUCUGAGUCUACAGUGGAUUCUUCUGUUUUUCAACAGCAGGGUGCAAACUGGAACAUACAGUGCUGGAUGAAAGGGGACUUGAAAUUAUUCAUGUGUUCUGUGGAGCCCUUACUUAAGGGUCCUUUCGAGAAUUAUGACCUCCAGGCUCAUCUUUUCUAUGUCCUGUCUGAAGCGGCAGAAGAUUCACGCCUGGCCCCUCAGAAAGGCCGCUUCGAGAGCGUCCAGUGCAACUGCGGUUUUGAGGAACACUGGGGGUGUCACAUGCCGGUGCCAGCCGCCAAGCUCAAUGACACCCUUCUGAUGUAUCUGAAAAUCACAGCUGCUGGGGUGACUUUUCAGUCACCUCUAAUGUCAGUUCAGCCCUUAAAUGUUGUGAAGCCUGAUCCACCAUUGGAUUUGCAUAUGGAAAUCACAGAGGAUGGUAAUUUAAAUAUUUCUUGGUACAGCCCAACACUGGUACCAUUCCCGCUUCAGUAUCAAGUGAAAUAUUCAGAGAAUUCUACCACACUUACGAGAGAAGCGGAGGAGAUGGUCUCAGGGACGGCUCUCCUGGUAGACAGCGUGCUUCCUGGUUCCUCCUAUGAGGCUCAGGUGAGGGUCAGGAGGCUGGACGGCCCGGGCAUCUGGAGUGACUGGAGCGCCCCUCAUGUCUUUACCACGCAAGAUGUCAUAUACUUUCCACCUAAAAUUCUCACGAGCGCUGGGUCUAAUGUUUCCUUUCACUGUAUCUAUAAAAGUGAAAACACGAUUGUUUCCUCAGAAGAGAUUGUUUGGUGGGUGAAUUUAGCGGAGGAAAUUCCUCCAAGCCAGUACGAUGUUGUGAGCGACCACAUUAGCAAAGUGACUUUUCUCAACCUGAAAGCGACCCAACCUCGGGACGAGUUCACCUAUGACGCUGUGUACUGUUGCCAAGAACACCAGUGCCACCAUCGCUACGCAGAGUUGUAUGUGAUUGAUGUCAAUAUCAAUAUAUCAUGUGAAACUGAUGGGUACUUAACUAAAAUGACUUGCAGAUGGCCAGCCAACCCAAUGCAAUCCCUUGUGGGAAGCUCCUGGCAGUUGAGAUAUCACAGGAGCAGCCUGUAUUGCUCUGAUACUCCAUCUAUCCCUCCUGUAUCAGAGCCGAAAGAUUGCCAUUUGCAGCGGGAUGGCUUUUAUGAAUGCAUUUUCAGGCCCAUAUUCCUGUUAUCUGGCUACACAAUGUGGAUUCGGAUCAGUCACUCUCUAGGCUCCCUGGACUCCCUGCCAACAUGUGUGCUCCCCGACUCUGUAGUGAAACCACUGCCUCCAUCCAGUGUUACAGCAGAAAUUACUACAAAUUUUGGAUUAUUGAAAAUAUCUUGGGAGAAGCCAGUCUUUCCAGAGAAUAAGCUUCAGUUCCAGAUUCGCUAUGGCUUACGUGGAAAGGAAAUGCAUUGGAAGACCCACGAGGUGGAUGACGCAAAGGCAAAGUCGGCCAGUGUCCCGGUGCACGACCUGUGCGCAGUGUACACCGUGCAGGUGCGCUGCAGGAGGCUGGACGGGCUGGGCUACUGGAGUAACUGGAGCAGCCCGGCACACACGGCGGUCACAGACGUCAAAGCUCCCGUGAGAGGACCCGAAUUUUGGAGAAGAAUUAAUGGAGACGUUACUGAGAGCGAGCGAAAUAUCACCUUGCUCUGGAAGCCCCUGAUGAAAAAUGACUCUCUGUGCAGUGUGAGGAGAUACGUGGUGAGGCACUGGACUUCCCACAAUGGGACGUGGGCAGAGGAUGUGGGGAAGCAGACCCAGCUCACGUUCCUGUGGACGGCACAGGCGCACACCGUUACGGUUCUGGCCGUGAACUCCAUUGGGGCUUCCCUUGCGAACUUCAACCUCACCUUCUCAUGGCCCAUGAGCGAAGUAAAUGUUGUGCAGGCUCUUGGUGCUUACUCUCUGAACAGCAGUUGUGUGAUUCUUUCCUGGCUGCUGUCACCCAGUGAUUACAGUCUGAUGUAUUUUAUCAUCGAGUGGAAGAAUCUUGAUGAAGAUGAUGAAGUUAAAUGGCUUAGAAUUCCUUCAAAUGUCAAGAAGUAUUAUAUCCAUGAUUAUUUUAUCCCCAUUGAAAAGUAUCAGUUCAGUCUGUACCCAGUAUUUUCAGAAGGAGUGGGGAAACCAAAGAUAAUUAAUGGCUUCACCAAAGUUGAAGAAAAACACCAGAAUGAUGCAGGUCUGUAUGUAAUUGUGCCGAUAAUCAUUUCCUCUUCCCUCCUACUGCUGGGAACACUGUUAAUAUCACACCAAAGAAUGAAAAAGCUGUUUUGGGAUGAUGUUCCAAACCCCAAGAACUGUUCCUGGGCACAAGGACUUAACUUUCAGAAGAGAAUUGACAUUCUUUGAAGUCUAAUCAUGAUCACUGCUGAUGAACUCAAUGUACCAACUUCCCGACAGUUCAUAGAACAUUAGAAGAUUUUUACAUUUUGAAGAAGGGGAACAAAUCUAAAACAUAAUUUCAUUGAACUCUUGAGAACUAACAUAUGGUGGAUUAUGUUCGUUUAGAAUUUAAAAUAGAUGUGUACAUUUGGGUCAUGCUAUAGGUCUGAAUCCAUGUCUGUUUGGAUGUGUGAUUUUUCAGGUCAUCUACAGUUUAAAAGUGACAUUCAUGAUUUUUGGCUUGUUACGUGUCAUUGUCAUAGUCAUGAAACAAAAAGCAUCAUGACCGUUUCUGUUAGAACUGCCUACCAGAGGCCAUUGUAUGCCCAUAGAUAACGCUGUGACCCAGUGGGCCCUAAAUCUGUGCCUUCUGACAGAUGGCCCUGCAAACACGAGGGCUGUAACUGCAAAGUGAAUGGGAAAUACUGGUUUUGUAUUUUCCCAUCUCAAAAUUUUCAUCAGAUUCCUUUUUAGACAGUUGGGCCCAUAAAUUUACCUGUUUGGGUGUUCUUUUGAAUGUCUUGUAGCUUUUGUACAUCUAACUUUGGCCAAUCUGUGAAUUUCAGUUUUCAAUAGUCUUGAUAAUGCCUUAUGUACUAACUUUCAUUGCAACCCAAAGAAAGCCAGAAGUUGUGGUUUGUGCUGGUCACAGACUAGUAAAAAUUACAGUUCAUAUCAGGGUAACUGUACACACUCAGGUGGAAUGCCUAAUUCUGAAAAGAACAUAAACUUCCAGUCCAGCCUUCUUGUGCAAUUCUUGCCCAAAUCCAAUUUAUUGCCACGGAAGUGUCCAAAACUUAUGGCAGGCAGGAAACGUGCCAUGAUACAAAGAAAGGGGAUUCUUUGGAGCUUUUACAAAUAGGUCAUGGUGAGGAUAGGACUGAAGAUAGACCACUUGCCAUUCUUUGAGUUUAGCAUCCUGCACAUACUCAGUUGCUCACAGACUAAACCAGAGAGCUUAGAUAUGAACCCAAAUAAUACUCAAACAGGCUCUCUGUGGGUCAAUUAUAUUUAGAUUUUACUCACAGUUGUACUAGGAUGUCUUUAAAAAACCUAAGAAAGCAGGAAUAAUCUCUUUUUCCCCCUUCAUUGACUUUUAACAGAUGUCAUUAGAGUGCAAAAUUACGAACAGAUAAUUCUUUAAUUCUUGCCAGUUGAGCACAUAUUUAAUAUGUGCCUAGACUGAGCGACUCAUAUUUUUCAAUAUUGUAUGGGUAAGUGAUUUCUUUUUUUUUUUUUCCUACUGGGGAUUUUAUUCA